UUCCAGGCAUGGUGCAAAGUUUUCUGUAAUAACUCGUUCUGAAAUCUGCUUCCACAGCAUUAUUUGGUUUCAGUUCAGGGUGGAUCUUGCUUGAUCUUAUUGCCGUCUGCCACUGAGAGAACAUUUUCAACAGUGUCCUGUAAAACCUCCGGUUUAUUAUUUCAGCUUAUGUUUCUCUAGUGAUUUUUUUUUUUUAGUUGACUAUCCAAAGUUGGGAGGCAUUUCUUGGCAGUCUGGUAUCCUCUGGUAUGGACAGAACGAAGAAAUUUGGAAUUUCAGCAAAGUUUCAAGAAAACGAACAGGCCGAGGGAGUUGAAACCAAAAACAUGGUCCUCCCAGUCAAACAGAAUAAUCCCUGCACCUCGACAGCAGAAACCCUUCCUCCAAGAAAACUUAAAAGAGAAGCUCAAGAAAGUUGCCUUCUGCCGCUGAAUCACUUCUGGUACAUGAGUCACAUCUACAAGGAAGGAAUUAAACAGAUUGAGAGGAAGAAUAAAAUUAAAAUGGUGGCACAGGUCCAUGUGACAUUUGAAGCUGAAGAGGAAGAUGGAAACCCUCAUGAAGCUCUCAAUGAGUUCAUUGAUCUCUCACAGAGCUGCUCUACUGAUUCAGGCCAGGCAGUGAUUCCUCUCAAGUUUGUAGAUCCAGAUCAGUGGAGUGAUGCACUAAAAGUCAUCAAGAGAAACAAGGACAAGAUUUUGCUCACCAUGUCAUCUGAAGAAGUUAUUGUUAGUGGUCCAAAGCAAAGCCAAGAUGAAUUCAGUUCGGUCCUGAAUGCGAUGCAGAUGACAAACACACCGGGUGAAGAGCACAAACCUACACCAGACGAUACAUCACUGAGGAUAAACUUGACAACCAACCAACAGACAAAAUCACUAACAGUGGACAACAACAGCGAACCGGUUAUUACUGCUGUUGAAGAUGCUAACAUCAAAGCUAAAUCUGAUCUGAAUGUUGAAUCCAGCAACAGUAAAAACAAACAAUCCCUCCAAACAUGUAGGGCCAAACCUUCCUUCAAAAACCUGUGGCUGAAAAAGAAACCUAUCACACGUCCCCUACACCUGACCCGACGUUGGGAUACUGGGUUGGGUGGCUUGCCAAAGAAAUCCACCUGUGAGAACGAGGGGAAAGAGGACUCCAGUCAAACUUCACUGACUCCGCCAACAGCACAGCAAAAUGCUGAAACAUCAUCUAAGACAGGAGCAUCAGAGGACAGUACAAAGGAUCUCUGCCCAAUAUGCUUGGAUCAGUUGAUCAAAAAGAAACAACUAAGGUGUAAACACGCAUUUUGUGAUGAUUGCCUCCAAGCAUCUUUAAAACACAAUGGACCCACGUGUCCUGUAUGCAAAGAUGUUUUCGGUGUGAUGGAGGGAGACCAGCCUGAUGGAGUGAUGACAUGGAGCUGUAGCUCUUCAUUCCUCCCUGGAUUCUCAGACUGUGGCAGCAUAGUGAUCACAUACACUUUUCCUAGUGGAAAGCAGACGGAAAAGCAUCCUAAUCCUGGACUACUAUAUAAGGGAACUACCAGAACUGCAUAUCUUCCAGACAACAAAGAGGGCCAAGAAGUCCUGAAACUGCUGAAAAAAGCUUUCGACCAGAAAAUGAUUUUCACUGUUGGGACGUCCAGAACAAGCGGGUUGGACAACCAGGUGAUCUGGAAUGAUAUUUCUCACAAGACAUCAAAGACAGGAGGACCACAGAGUUUUGGAUAUCCUGACCCCAAUUACCUGAGCAAAGUAAAGGAGGACCUGAAAGCUAAAGGCAUAGAGUGACUCUGAGAGAGAGUGAUGAUUUAUUUUACAACUGAAAUCAACAAUUAAGAAAAAAAAAAUACUGGAAUAUUUUCAUGUUUUGCUUUCA